AAUGUAUGAGAUAAUAUGACGUGCAUAGCGUCCAGAUCGACGCAAUUUGUUGAACAUUAUAACAUAACUUAGGUUUAUAAUAAUGGGUAAUUGUAUACGAAGUUUACUAAGAAGGUUACAACGAAAGAGAUGUACCGAAAAGACUAUUAUUUUACUGAUCGUGGGCCUUGAUAAUGCGGGAAAGACCUCUGUUUUGAACCGUAUAAGUGGUGAUUCAGACAAAAGUGUAUUACCUACAAUAGGAUUUCGAACAGUUUCGUUAAGAUAUAAGUCAUAUGUGGUUAAAAUUUAUGACAUUGGAGGUAGCUCACAAAUCAGAUCCUUGUGGACAAAAUACUACAGCGGUAUACAUGGUCUUAUAUAUGUGGUGGAUGCUAGUGAUAUUUCCCGUCUUACAGAAAAUAAAGUUGUAUUUGGUGAAUUAAUUUCACAUGAAUGUAUUUCAGGGAAACCGUUAUUGUUGCUUGCAAACAAACAAGACAUAUCAGGGGCUAUAGAUGAAUUAGAUCUUGUUGAAAACUUAGAUGUUGAACAUGCUGCUAAUACUAUGAAAUGUCCUACAAGAGUGGAGAUAUGUUCAUGUACUGGAGGAGAAAGUCAAUCAAAAGGUACCACUACAGGCAUUAAAAAUGGCUACAAAUGGCUAUUGGACACAGUAGCAAAGAAUUACACUGUAUUAAACAAUAGAUUCAAGGACACACAAAAUGUUCGAAAUGAUAAAGUUAUAGAAGUACGAUCUACAACACCAGACACAUUAUCAAGAUUGUCAAUUCAUUCUAAUCCUUUCAAACCAAUCAGAGAACUAGUUAUGAAAAGGGAAGAAAUUGACCCAAUGAGUGUUUCACAUUUAAAUAAUGGUGUUGCUUCUGGAACUAAACUGAAGAAAAUGUUUAUGCACAAAAAUAAGACUGCACCACUUACUACUGAAGAAUCUGUUAUUGAAAUUGAUGAUAUAUCAGAAAGCACAAAGUUUACCACUAGACCUUUAGGAACUCAAAAAAGUCUUCAAACACUUCCACCAGUGGCAUUGAAUACAUUUUCAAAUUCAGUUAAAUUAAAACCAAAUCGUCCAUAUACCGCUCCAGAACGUUCACAACAUUUUGUAAAUAAAAUAACAAUAAUCAACAUUCCUGGUCAAGUGACAGAAGGUUAACAUUAUUUAUUGUACUUAAGUAAUAAACAGGGACCAUCACGAAUAAAUAUAAUAAAAAAAAAUAAAAAAUUAUAUGGAGACAAAUAUUUUUAACAAUGAAGUUAUUAUUUUUUGACUGCAAAUCGACUGAUAAUUUUAACGCAAAAAUGCAAUAUUUAAGAAAUAUUUAAUAUAUAUUAAACAAUUUCCUUGUAUCUAUACAUAGUGUAAGAUAAUUUCCAGUAAUAUUUAUUUUUUAUUAUGCAAUUAUUUCUGUACGAGUUAAAAUAUGAAAAAAAAAAAUAAAUUGUGAAGAAACAAAUAAUAUCUGUAUGUACUUACAAAUUAUUCUACGUACAAAAUAUAUUAAUAUUAUUUAUUAAUAAACAUGGGUGUUUUUGUUUUACGUUAUUGGUUACAAUAUACAUUUUUUUUAAAUUUUAACUUUAUUUUAAAAGAUUGUAUACAAGAUUGGUACACAAAAGUUUGACAAAUAUAUGGAUUGCAGUAUAUAUUAAGGACUUACAAAAUCUAUAGUAUAAAUGUACUAAAAAACUUUCGAUUAUAUAAAAGUAUUACAUGAAACUGUGUAAGAGAAUGCUGUAAAGUCUCAAGCAUAAUUCAAUAGCACAUAUUUUAUCACAAUUUACGAUACAAUAAAUAUUGUAAAUAUUUUUGCAACAUUAUCUUAUAUCGUUGAGCAAUUACUUUAUACGAUUAAAUAUGAAAUAUUAAUAUGUUGAAAAAUUACACUGAAAAUUGUUACGACAAGGAACAAUGCGUUUCAUUUAAUACUAACCUUUAAGUGAAUAAUUAACUUUUUUGUGAAAAAUAUUUCGCACAAAUAACGCCACAUAUAUGAGUAUACAGUAAUAAAGGCAAAGUGAUCAAACAAUUUGAAGCAACAUUAAAAACUGUAAAAUUACAUUAAUAAUUAUUUAAGAAUUAUAUAUUCUUAUCAUGAAAGACUGUUAUAUCACGAUAUCAAAAGUUCUCAUUGAUUAUAAUAAUGCCAUUUUAAUUAUAAAUAUAGCAAAUUUGCCAUUUCAAUAUUGCGCUUUUCUUCUAAAAUUCUUAUCUACAUCGUUUGGGAAUGACUCCUCAAACUAUGAAGCAACAUAACUUUAUAUUUCAGCUAGCAAUUCCAAAAGUAUAUGUCAAAUGCAUUUCAUAAUAAUCUAGUUACAGAGUAAGUAAUUUUAUAGUUUUUCUCUUAACGUUAGAUAAAACUUGAAUAUUCGUUAUAAUUGCACCUUAUAUAAUCACAACUAUUUAGACAUGUUCAUUUACUACUAAGUAGAAAAUAUGUCACUUUUUAUAUAAGGUUAGACUAUUGCUUGUUGCAUAAAGACACAAGUUUUGUCCUCCUGACGUUUGUACAAAGCAGCAGUUAUAUUAAUUGUAUAAAUUGUUCAAGUUGCUUUUGUUACAAUGGCUCAAAAAUACUUCUUUCUAAAUAUACUGGUAAAAUAAAUUAGAGAAUCUGGAGAUAAAUAUUGAAUUCGGAAGAAUUAAAUAAAUAUCGUAUAAUGUUAUUUCAAAUAUUCUCAGGUUUACUUUAUACUUUAACUCACUCUUAUUGAGUGUUUACCUUGAUCAAUGUAUCACUGAAUGAAUAGCAUUGAACAUUAUCUCAUUUCCAUAGAUGAUUCUCUAAUUAUUUUGAGCAGUACAUAUAUAUAAUAAUUGUAUAGUUAGUAUAUAAAUUACUUAUUAAACUUUGUUUAAAAGCAGCAAUUAAAAAGGCAAUUGAUCCUCGCUAUAUUGUGAACUGAGAAUCAUAGUGGUGUAAGUAAAAAAAAAAAAAAAAAAAAAA